AUGAACCUGGACGGCGAAGCGGACAGACUCGACUACAUCACAGGAUAUGAGGGGUUUCUUCAUGAUCCGUCUUGGCCGGGGGCCACGACCGAGCUGGACCAGGCCGAGAACUUUCCACCGGAGAGUUUUCAUUUAGACAACUCCGCCUUUGGUGCAGGGGGUCUGUUCGGUACCCCGCAUCCAUUGGACACCUCCGAUCUAUGCUUUCAGGGAGCCUCAUACGAGAUGGCUGGCGCCAAUGGGCCGCCGAUGCAAUCCAUGUUUGGAGAUCAUGAUUUAGGAACGUAUAGUUUCCCGGCCUCGGUGACCUCCUUGGAUGGAUUUUCUGAUGCGAUGCAUGCGCUGUCCGGCACGACGAGUCCCGGGAACGGACUGUCGCAGGGGACCGGCACGCCAGAUGCGCAGAUCCACGAUGCACAGUCGUGGACGUGGGAGUCAAGUCCCGGGGUGACUGACUUUACCACCUCUGCUUCGGCGCCUGACGUGAAUGUUGGACUAGGUUCCGCUUCGUUGACCCAGCAUCAACAACCAGCCCCGGCCCGACGGACCGGGAAUGGCCUGCCGCGACGUCGCAGUCGAUAUCUCGUAUCGCGACCCGCGGAGAGAAGCUCGCCGAUUCAGAUGCCCGCCGCAAGAGAGAUGGAUCCCAUGCAGCGGUGGCAAGAAUCGCCGCCCGAGGACGAACCGGCGUCCCUCACGGCGAUCAUGAAUGCCAUGGAUGAGAUGCCGGCUCGUGAUAGUCCGCGGGCAUCACUCGGUGCUCGACCGACCGAAGCAUUCCAGCAUCAUCGCCAGUCCAGGUCGAUUGGCAGUGUCGAUUUGAGCGCAUCAUCUGCGGACUCGGUGUGCUCCUCCGCGGGCCGAUCGACGUCCCAGAGUAGUCGGAGUCGCAGUCGUCGACCCAAAGGGCGCGUCGUCAAGAGUAAAGUCAAGCCGUGGAAUGAUACCAAACCCCGAGUCUUCUGUUGCACCUUCUGCUGUGAUCGCUUCCGAAGCAAGUACGAUUGGGUGCGCCACGAGAAAUCCCUCCAUCUCAGCCUUGAGGCGUGGUAUUGUGCGCCCCUAGGUCCAUCCGUGUUUUCAGAGACCACUGGUCAAAAUCACUGCGCCUGGUGUAGUAUCCCCAAUCCGUCCCGGGAGCACCUUCGGGAUGAACACCACAUUGAAGAAUGCCAGAACCUAUCCAAGUCGUCCCGCUCGUUCCGUCGAAAAGAUCAUUUGGUCCAACAUCUUCGACACGUGCACCAGGUCAAUACGGUCCCAUGCAUUGACAGCUGGAAGACGGAGAUGAAAAAUAUCACUUCCCGAUGUGGAUUUUGCGAUCAACGCCUCCAUGACUGGGAAGAACGGAUCGAACAUCUGAGUGACCAUUUCCGUUCCGGAUAUACGAUGAAAGACUGGCAAGGCGAUCAUGGCUUCCCGUCGGCCGUCACCGCACAAUUGAGAAACGCAUUCCCACCAUACCUGAUUGGCGCCGAAUCCGAGAGCCUGAUCCCGUUUUCCUCUACCAGCGCCGACGUGCGUGACCAUUACGCGCAGAUGUCCAGCAGAGUCCACGUUCCCAAGGAAGCCGAGACCAGUGGACCAGAGGUGGCCCCGGCGGGCGCCUCGGGGGAUCUUGUCAAAUCCCAAUUCGACAGUUUUCUGGGCAAUUUCACCCGCCAUUUAGGCCAAUUUGCGCGAGAACAGAUGCAAAAGGGGGUGAUUCCCACGGACGAAAUGUUCCAACAAGAAGCCCGUAAGGUGAUUUAUGACUGCGAAGAUGCCUGGGAUCAGACGAUCGCCGAUAACCCCGAGUGGCUGUCGACGUUCCGGCAGUUGCAUUGUGGGGAGAAGCAAUCGGGGUCUGGCUCGAACGGAUAG